AGAUACAAACACACAAGUCUCUUAAACAAACAACUCUCUAAGCAAUGAAUGAGGCCUUGCUGCAAUUUGUUUAAUUGCAAUAUUUACUACAAUUUUCCCUUUUCUGCAACCAUCUUGGGAUUUUUUCCAACAAUUAAUAUAUUUCCUGCCCCUCAAUUUACACUCCCUCGUCUUCUACCAUUCCUUCUUCAAUUCAUCUCUCUCUCUCUCUCUCUCUCUCCAUCCAUAAUUUAAUUAAGCUUUAAAGUAAUCCCAUCUCUCCUCUCGAGCCCUCUUAUAUAUAAUUCCUCAGAACUUCAAAACCAACAACCAAACCCUAUUCAUCUAGUCCAUGUUAGCUGUGGUUUUCACUACCGUGCAGCCACCUCUCUAUUCUCUAACCGCCGAAGCCGCCGAUAUAACUACAAGAGCCUUAUCAUCUCAAGGUGACGAAGAGAAAUUCUUGGAAACAAAAGCCAUGAGCCGAAGGAACGGACCGAAACUUGACCUCAAGUUGAAUUUGUCACCACCAAGGAUGAGCAGGCCACGAGUUGAGUCUCCAGACCGAUCAUCGAUGGUAGGCGACCCUAUGUCUCCGCCAAGUUCCUGCGUGUCGUCCGAACUCAGUCGGGAUGAGUCCCUCCUUUACUCCAACAGCCCAGAGGCCACAUCCAUGGUGCUGGUCGGGUGUCCUCGUUGUCUCAUGUAUGUCAUGCUAGCAGAAGAGGACCCCAAAUGCCCCAAAUGCAAAAGCACUGUUUUGCUUGACGUUAUCCAUCAGAAGAACACCAGCACCUCCAAGAGAACAAAGAAGACUUAGCCACCCCCACCCCCACCCCCCUUUCUUUUUGUAUUGCAAGUAGCACUAUUGUGCUUCCAAUUCCAGUAUGAUUAAUAAGAAGGAAAAAGUGGAGCUUGAAUAGUGCUAUCUUCUGUUUUCUUUUAUGUUGUUUCUCUCAAUUUCUAAACAAACGAAGUGGAUCUAGUAUAGGAGUAAUGUUUAUGGGUGCAGGAGUUGUCCAUCUUUAGCAGAAAACCAUGUACAUGGACAGACCACAACUACCUUAAUUUUCUUAUCAAAAAUAUUUUAGGGUAACAUUUUCAGGGUCUUUUUGCAAUAGACUGGUGUUUGCCUCCACUCCCAGCAUGCCACAACAGCAAAUCAACAGUCACCUAGCUAAACUCUAUGUUGCUAGUAAGAAACGGAAUAUGGGUAAACCUUUUUUUCCCUGCUUUUUGGACCCACCAGGUGUACCAACCUCACAAGUUCUGGUAAACAUAAACAGCCAAAUAACUUUUGCCUCCCAAUCCGUAGGCCAUAACCACUUCUUGUCAAGGAUUAUGCCACUUUGCAAGAAGAAUUUUGACAGAUGCAGUAACAAAAAUGUAAGUGGCAAGAGAUGAUUG